ACUGCGCCUGAUCAUGUUGCUGCUGCAGUUAUUUUUUUUACUUGUAAUAUUAUUUGGAGUUGAAGCCUCUUCUUGCUCUAUUCGUAAAUAUGGAGACAAAAACAUUGUAUGUGUUUGUAAUGAGACAUAUUGUGAUGAAUUGCAGCGUUUGUUGAAUAUUUCCAGAAACCAGGUUGCUUUGUACGAAACAAAUGAAGAUGGUGACCGUUUUAAGUCAUCAUUGCUGUAUUUUACUCCCAACAGUGAGACUGAAACUGUUAAUAUUACAGUUGAUCCUUCUAAGCAAUAUCAGUUUAUUCUUGGAUUUGGAGGGGCUUUUACAGAUGCAGCUGGAAUAAAUGUAAAAUCUUUACCUGAUAACUUACAAGAACUCCUUUUUAACAGUUAUUUUUCGCAAAGUGGCUUGGAAUACAACAUGGGGAGAGUGCCCAUUGCGAGCUGUGAUUUCUCCACCCAUCCUUAUUCCUAUGCUGAUGUUGAUAACGAUUUUGAAUUAAAUCACUUUGAGCUUGCUAAAGAAGAUUUCUUGUAUAAAAUACCUCUGAUAAAAAGGGCCAUAUCUUUGAGCAAAGAUGAAUUGCUUUUGUUUGGAAGCCCAUGGAGUGCUCCUGCAUGGAUGAAAACUAAUAAUGCAAUGAAUGGAAAAGGUGCCUUAAAAGAGGAUCCGGAAGGAAAGUAUUACCGCACAUGGGCAAACUAUUUUGUAAGGUUUCUUCAAGCGUAUAAAGAAAACAAUAUUACGUUUUGGGGCUUGACAACGCAGAAUGAACCAUCCGAUGGUUGCCUUGAAGAUUUUGCUUUCCAAUCCAUGUGCUUCCCUGCUGAAAAACAGAGAGAUUUUUUGAAAAAUCACCUUGGCCCCAUUUUGCAAAAGGCUGGAUUUGGCAUUGAUAAAUUAAAACUAAUGAUCUUAGAUGAUGUUAGAGUAUUUCUGCCCAACUGGGUUGAUGUAGUACUGAAAGAUAAAUCAGCUGCACAAUAUGUAGCUGGAGUGGCCUACCAUUGGUAUACGGAAAGUUUGAUGCCACACAAACUACUGGAUAUUACCCACCAGAAAUAUUCUAAUGUGUUUUAUUUAGCCACUGAAGCAUGUACAGGAUCAUAUUUCUUUGAGUUCCCCAAAGUAUCCCUAGGAAAUUGGCAAAGAGCCGAAAGAUAUGCUCAUGACAUUUUAAAUGGCCUCAAUAAUUGGUCAAUUGGGUGGAUUGAUUGGAAUUUAGCUUUAGAUGAGCAAGGAGGGCCUAACUGGGUGAAAAACUAUGUUGAUGCACCCAUCAUCAUAAACUCAACUUCAAACGAAUUCUACAAACAGCCCAUGUACUAUGCUUUGGCCCAAUUUAGUAAAUGUUUGCCACGUGGUUCUUACCGCAUUGGUUUGAACUUACCGAGUGAAAGAGGAGCAUUAAAGAAUUUGGACAUAGGUGCGUUCCAAACACCUGAGGAUAAAAGAGUUCUCAUUGUAGUUAACAGGGGAGAAGUUGCUGUAAAUUUUAAUAUGUUUGAUGCAUCGAAAGGCUAUCUUAAUGUAACAGCAAAACCACAUUCAGUUCAGACUUAUGAAUACCUCAUUAGAUAAGCUCAACGCAUUGUAUAAUAACAAUUAACUUUUAAUAAUUUGCAUAAAUCAAAAAAAAAAACAUUAGUUUUGAAAUUCACAGUGUUUUUUAUGCCUUACUUAUAUUUGGUAUUAUGUUUCAGCUUAGCUAUAUCUAGCAAAAAUAUCUUUAAAUUAUUUAAAAAUCAAUUUUAUUUAAAAUAUAUAUAUAUAAGUUAUUAAAAUAUAACUUUCUCCAAACUUUCAAUCAAAAUCUUGGUAGUUUUCAAAAUUUUAAAAUGUUUUUCAAGCUUCACAAAUUUAACGUACUAAAAAAAUAAAUUUAAUCCAAAUUAUGAGAGGUAAUAAUGUGUCAAAAUAAAAAGUUCCUCAGAAUAAGUGAUAAAGUCAAUGUCAUGAGAGCAAAAUGGCAAAAGUAUUUCGGACACACUUUGGAGAUUAAGAGAAACCACUUCAAUAAUUCAAUGCAACUUACCUACCUAAUAAACUGGACAUUUUUUCCUGAGUCAAAGUCUCAUAAAUGCAGUUUUAGAUUAAUUGAAUACUUUUGGUCAUGCUAGAACAUAGUCAUAACUGCUCCCCCUCUCCCUGGAUCCAGGCUUGUGUUAACCCCUUCCCACUCAACUCCCAUCAAAAUCAAAGAGGUGAGCUAUGGUCUCCUUUUUCUCGUGCCCCAAUACUUCCGAGCACACAACAUUCAAGAUAAAAUAAAUUUAAAAAUUCAAAAAUGAAUAUGUGUUUUGUUUGCUUUUUUUUUUAUAUACUUUUCUUGAAUUUCAAAAAAAAUAGGUACUUUAUGACCAUUCUCUUAAAAUAAGAUUGUUAAGGGAUUAAUUAAGGAGUUCCUUUUGAUCCCAAAACAUGUUGUUCAAUGCUUUUGCAUUUGUGCUUCUAAUGACAGUUUUCUCAUUUACUGUUCUUGCACAGAAUUCAAAUUUGUCACUUAACAAAUAAAUGAUUCUAAACAAUCUUUAUAGAGUAGUUUUCAAUAAAUUUUGUAAUAUGCUUGAAAGUUUUCUUUUUUAGCAUCAUAAAAUAAUGUUUUGUGAAUAAUACUUGUAAAUACUUUAUAUUGAUGUUGUUAAUUAUAAGUAAUAUUUACAAUUAAAAAUAUCAAGUUCA